AUGGCAUACAGGAGAAAGCAGGGAACAUCAAAGGCUUCAACCUUGAAGGAAGAGAUAUCGAAUGAAAAUGGGAAUGGAAAUGGAGAUUGCAAUGAUCCACCUUCUCUUUCAUCUUUAUCCCCUUCCCCUUUCUCAUCCUCCUCCUCCCUCGCUGCUCAGGCCAUCAAAGCCUCUGCUGCUCGCCGUCAUCAUCCCUCUCUUUCCUUUGCUUUCGCCCCCAAAUCUGAACACCAACAUCACAGAUCCAAGAGCUUUGAUCCUAAUUAUCAAGACGGGGAUGUUUCCAAGUCUGGUUUCUGGGGCGUCCUCGCUCUUAAAGCCAAAGAAAUUCUCGAGGACGAUAGCUCAUUCUUACAACACAACGACGCCAGUAUGUCCCAAAAACUCAGAUCUCACUCUUUCAAUACCUUUUCUCCUGCUUCUCGUUCUCAGAAGAAGGGAGGAGAUUUCACAAGUCCAAUGAAGCCAAAAGAAGCUUCGGGGGCGUGGAAUCCAUGGCCGCUAUCCACCCAGGCAACAGACUCUCAAUCUAUCCAAGAAACACAACUCAUGGCAUCUCGAGACGUGGCAAUGGCGACAGCUGCCAAAGCAAAACUACUUCUGCGCGAGCUAAAAACCGUUAAAGCAGAUUUGGCAUUUUCAAAAGCACGGUGUGCUCAACUAGAAGAAGAAAACAAACUACUCCGGGACCGCGAGGGGCCAGAGAAGGGACAAAAUCGUGCAGACGACGACCUGAUCCGGUUUCAACUAGAGACACUUCUUGCUGAGAAGGGUCGGUUAGCUAAUGAGAAUGAGAUGUAUGCUCGGGAAAACCGUUUUCUAAGGGAAAUUUUGGAAUACCAUCAGUUGACAAUGGAGGAUGUGGUGUAUCUUGAUGAAGGCAUGGAAGAAGUCGCAGAUCUAUAUCCCGUAGAUCCCACUGCCAACGCCCUUUCUCGGGUACCCUUGUCCCCACGCUCGCCGCGCUCUACAUUCGCAAGUCGAUCGGCGCAGACCAAAACAAUAUUUUCUGUGCCAGAAGAAGAACACGAUGAGCAUGCAUCAGAAUAUGGGGCUCCUCCUAGUGUCACAGUCUCAGUUUCUACAGAUGAGCAUGCAAACUGA